AUGUCCUCGCCGGCGCUAGUUUGUCGGGUUUGUGGUGACCGCAGUUCCGGCAAACACUACGGCACGGUUUGCUGCGACGGGUGCUCCUGCUUCUUCAAGCGCAGCAUCCGCAAACGGGCCAUCUACAGCUGCAUCUCUGGACCGGGUGGCUGCUCGGUGGACAAGGCCCGACGCAACUGGUGCCCAUUCUGCCGGCUGCAGAAGUGCUUCCUGGCGGGUAUGAAUGCGGCAGCGGUGCAGCAGGAACGCGGACCUCGGAUCUCAGACGGACUGUCGGUGCAGAUCCUUUCGCAGGUGUUGGGGGCGUGCAUUCGGCAGGCGCACCACAACGAGCACUUCGCCAUCCUGAGCCGCACGCAGCAGGACGAGAUCCUGCGGCACGUUUGGUGCGAGUGCUUCCUGCUGCGGGUGGCGAACUGGUCCAUCGACAUAUCGGCUCUGGUGGAUCGAUGCUGCGACGGCCAUCUGCGGUCGGUGUUGGACGAGGUGAGGGCGCUCCGAGUGGAUCUCAUCGAGCUGUCGCUCCUCGAAACGCUGAUACUGUGCCGAAAAGGCCGAGCGGACAGUGCAGUGAGGGCCACCUCUACAGCCUCACCGCCCGCUGACCGGCAGCCCCUCGGGUGGGCCGCAGCUCGGCUCGGGAAGCUGCUGCUUGGGUUGCGUACGCUGACGCUGCGUUUUAACGAAUUUUCUGUCCGCUCGAUGCUGCGGGAUGUAAUUAGCGACGGGCUGGCGAUGGAAGGCAUCCUGGCCAGGCUCUAG